AUGGUGGACGUGGACGUGGACAUGGACGUGGACGUGGACAUGGACGUGGACGUAGAGGUGGACGUGGACGUGGAGAACUUGGACGUGGACAUGGACGUGGACGUGGACGUGGACGUGGAGGACUUGGACGUGGACAUGGACGUGGACGUGGACGUGGACGUGGACAUGGACGUGGACGUGGACGUGGACGUGGACAUGGACGUGGACGUGGACAUGGACGUGGACGUGGACGUGGACGUGGACGUGGACCUGGUCGUGGACGUGGACGUGGACGUGGAGGUGGACGUGACGUGGACGUGGACGUGGACGUGGACGUGGACGUGGACGUGGACGAAGACAUUGUCGUGGACGUGGACGUGGACGUGGACGUGGACGUGGUCGUGGACGUGGACGUGGACUUGGACGUGGACGUGGACGUGGACGUGGACGUGGACGUGGACGUGGACGUGGACGUGGACGUGGACGUGGACCUGGACGUGGACGUGGACGUGGACGUGGACGUGGAGAUGGACGUGGACGUGGACGUGGACGUGGACGUGGAGGGGACGUAGACGUGGACGUGGACGUCGACGUGCGUGGACGUGGACGUGGACGUGGACGUGGACGGACGCGGACGUGGACGUGGACGUGGACGCGGACGUGCGUGGACGUGGACGUGGACGUGCGUGGACGUGGACGUGGACGUGGAAGUGGACGCGGACGUUGACGGACGCGGACGUGGACGUGGACGUGGACGCGGACGUGGACGUGGACGUGGACGUGGACGUGGACGUGGACGUGGACCUGGACAUCGACGUGGACCUGGACGUCGACGUGGACGUGGACGUGGACGUGGACGUGGACGUGGACGUGGACGAAGACAUGGUCGUGGAUGUGGACGUGGACGUGGACGUGGACGUGGACAUGGACUUAGACGUGGACGUGGAUGUGGACGUAGACGUGGACGUGGUCGUGGACGUGGACGUGGACGUGGACAUGGACGUAGACGUGGACAUGGACGUGGACGUGGACGUGGACGUGGACAUGGACGUGGACGUGGACGUGGACGUGGACAUGGACGUGGACGUGGACGUAGACAAGGACGUGGACUUGGACAUGGACGUGGACGCUCGUGGACCAGGCAAGCUCCUGGACCAGGCAAGCUCCUUGACCAGGAUAGCUCCUGGACUAGGCAAGCUCCUGGACCAGGCACACUCCUGGACCAUGCAAGCUCCUAGACCAGGCAAGCUCCUGGACGAGGCAAGCUUCUGGACCAGGCAAACUCGCAAGCUCUUGGACCAGGCAGGCUCGUGGACCACGCAAGCUCCUGGACCAGGCAAGCUCCUGGACCAGGCAAGCUCCUUGACUAGGCAAGCUCCUGAACCAGGAUAG